AUGAUAGAGAGGGAGGGAGGAACAAAAAGGAGCGAAAUUCCUUUGUCCGCAGGAGAUGCUGCCCGAUUUGUCAGCCAGCCGCCUGUCUUGGAAAUCCGUGGGCGAAUCGACAGCACCGUGAAGAUCCGUGGAUUCAAGGUUGGUCUUCCAGUGGUGGAGGGCGCCAUCGCGCAGAUCUCGGGCGUGGCUUUAUGUGCAGUUGUGCCGGUCUAUGAGACACCAACAUCCGUCGACAGCCUCCUCUGCUUCGUGAAGCCCCAGGAUGAAGUGCUUUAUGAGGAUUUGAUACAGCGCAUCAAGAAGGAGGCGGUGAAAGAAAUUCCACGUUGGAUGAUGCCCAGCUACUUUCGGCCUUUACCAAGCGAUUGCUUUAUGGGCGGCGAAUCUCGGAAGCUCAACCGAAGGAGGUUGGCAGAGAUGGCUGACUUAAAGACACUCAAGGAAGCACAACAAGCUGCCCAGCCGAUACUCCCCCGACAGCCCAGUUUGUUGGAGGAGACUGGCGUGCGCGGUGUGGUGAAGUCCGUGUGGGCGAAGGUGCUGAGCCUGUCCCUAGACAUGGUCGAUCCAGAGGAGAACUUCUUCGAUUUGGGUGGACAUUCUGCAUUGGCUGCUAAGAUGGCAGCGGAACUCUCGGGUGAGUACACCUUGCCCGUGACUGUGUUGGACAUUUACAGCCACUCCACCUUACAGGCGCUCUGCGACUUUGUGGAGUCCAAAGUGGAGUUGGAAGCAGGUAGUGCAAUCCUCUCUCCACGCUCCAUAAGAUAUCAUGAUCCACCUCGAGAGGCUCCCAAGCUGUCCAUCGCAGGCUUUUCUGGGAAAUUCCCAGGUGCUGACUCUGUGGAUCACUUUUGGGAGAACAUCCUCAGGUCAGCAGUAUCCGUGACCUUUUUGUCCAAGGAGUUCUUACGAGGCAAAGGUGUUCCUGAAACAACCCUGGGACACAAAGACUUCGUGCCUGCCGCCUAUAUGAUCAACGAUGCUGACCAGUUUGACAAUGUCUUUUUUGGAAUUGGUCGGCAUGAGGCUUCGAUGAUGGAUCCACAGCAUCGUGUUUUCAUUCAAGAAGCAUGGUCUGCCAUGGAGAACGCUGCUUUGCCGCCAAAGACACCCUUGCUCGAUGAAGUUGUCGGUGUCUUCGCCGCGGCUGGCAUUGAUGGCUACUUGGUGCACCAUUUGGACGGCCAAUCGCUCAAGGACACUCUGAAUCCGCAAGACAUUUUCCUCACGGAGAUUGGCAACGAGAAGGACUACAUUGCGACACGCGUCUCAUACCUUUUGGAUUUCACUGGACCUUCAAUGAACGUGAACUCGGCUUGCUCUUCGGCUUUGGUUGCGGUGGUGCAGGGAGCUUCAGCCAUUGUUGCUGGUCAAUGUGACGCUGCAGUUGCCGGAGCUUCAUCUAUCACCUUUCCAAAUUUGGGGUACCUUUAUGCCGAUGGUUUGGUGAGCUCGAUGGACGGCUACGUACGGCCCUUUGAUGCAGGCGCUGAUGGCACAGUUUUCGGAGACUCUGUGGCCGCACUUGUGCUGAAGAAACAGGAGGAUGUAGGCGACAACAACCUGGCAUAUGCGGCUCUCAAGGGGUAUGCCAUUAGUAACGAUGGUGCGCAAAAGGCUGGCUACGCUGCCCCGUCUUCAAACGGCCAAUCGAGAGCUGUGCAGACUGCAAUGCGAAUGCUUAACGAGGAUCCUUGGACUAUUUCCUACGUUGAGUGUCAUUGCACUGGCACGCGAAUUGGCGAUGGCAUUGAGAUUCACGGUCUUCUUAAUGCCUUUGAGAGCAUGGGUGGCAGAAAACGGGCGGGAGACACCACAAAUAUUGCGUUAGGCUCUGUGAAGGGCAACAUCGCGCAUGCAAACUGUGCUGCCGGAGCCACUGGACUCAUCAAGGUGCUUGCUAUGGCACGAGCCAAAAGCUUGGCACCAACGGCCAACUUCAAAGAGCUGAACCCGAAGAUCAACUUAGAAGCCACAGCUUUCUUUGUUAACUCAGAGGUAUGUGCAUGGAGACCCAAGCCAUUGAUGAGAGCUGGUGUCAGCUCUUUUGGCAUCGGCGGCACCAAUGCUCACACCAUAGUGGAAGAGGUGCUGGCACCAGUCGUCGAGAUUCACACUACGGCAAAGAAGCCUUUGGGAUUUCAUCUCUUGACCUUUUCGGCGAAGACACCUGGAUCUCUCUACAAAACAGCGGACAAGGUCAUCAAUGCAUUGAAAAAGGAAGCGGGGCCAUCCAUGGACAAGGUUGCCUACACACUGCAGGCAGGCCGAGCCUCUUUGCCCCUCCGAAAGAGCGUUGUGGUUGCCGGACACCGUGCAGAAACGCAAAAAGCUGCAGAGGGUUUGCGAGCAAGCUGGCCGGACUUGGAGGAAUUGGAGGAACUCGAAGAUGCCAAGAAACGGCCACCAGUGGCCUUUGUGUUUCCUGGACAAGGAAGCCAGUAUUUGGGCAUGGCCCGUGGCCUGUAUGAGCAGGUAGCUCUCUUCCAGAGGAUUGCUGAUCAAUGCUGUGAAAUGCUUGCCUCGCCAAAACUGCUGGGCAAAGACCUGCGGCCGCUGCUGUUUGGAGAUAUCUACACAGAGGAUGAAGCGCAACAGGAAUUUGAGAAACCAUCAGUAAUGCAACCAUCUCUCUUCGUGGUGGAAUAUGCGCUGGCACAGAUCUUGCUUGCAGUCGACGUGAAGCCCACGGCGUGUGCGGGACAUUCACUCGGAGAGUACGCCGCGGCCGUUGUUGGAGGAUUCCUGACCCUUGAGGGGGCCUUGCAAAUCGUAGCUACUCGCGCUAAGUCCACAGAAACCUUGGCAGAUGAAGGGGCAAUGCUGUCGGUAGCAGAUUGGACUUCUGAACAGCUGGAAGAGGUCGCAAACCAGCAGCGGCCGGGACUUUGGCUUGCAGCAGUGAACUCUCCGCAACAUUCGGUCAUCUCGGGAGAGGUCGGUGCCAUUGAGGCUCUUGAGAAGGAGUUGAAAGCAGCAGGGAAGAAAUGCUCUCGAUUGCACGUUAAGCGUGCCUUCCACUCUGGACUCAUUGCGAAGGCUGCGCACACGUUGCACAAGCUAGGGGUGACCGAGGAAUUGCAAGGGAUCGAGUUCACUCCAGUGGCUUCUAACCUCACGGGACAGUGGCUUCUCCCUGCUCAGAUGAAGGAUGGACAAUACUGGACGAAGCACAUGAGGGGUACAGUGCUUUGGAGGGAGAACGCGGAAAGGCUGAUCUCUCAGUGGAGGCCAAGCAUCAUCCUUGAGGUUGGUCCUGGCAAUGUUCUGAGCACCCUGACUUCAAAAUGUGUGCAAGCACAGGGCCACAAGCCGGAUUUCCUCCAGUGCAUGCGGCAUCCAAAGGCGCUAAAGACCCAUGAUGUCGAGGCUUUCUUUGGUGCUUUGGGCAAGCUAUGGGAGGCUGGUGUCAAUGUCAACUGGGACACGCUCACCACAAAAGUGCUGGGAGCAACGCAUCUUCCUCCUCUCACCCGACUCCCUGCCUAUUCCUUCGAACCGACGAGCUUGUGGGUGAAUCCAGAGCGUUCUGUGUACGUUGAUGCCACGGAGGACCCAGCUCCUGCUGCCUAUAUCGCUCAGGCUGCAUCUGCAUCGUCUGGAAGGUCCGGAAGUCGCGUUUUGGUGCGCUAUGGAGAGGAGCUAGACACCGAGCCAGCUCUGCGGGCCUACUGCUUACCGUUUGCCAGUGGCUCCUCGUUGGUCUUCGCUCCAUGGGCUUCGGACGAGGCAGUGGAGAUUGUGGCUGUCGAAUUGCCCGGUCGAGGAGCUCGUGCUGAAGAGGUCAUGCCUGCAGAUGAUUCUGGAGACAGCGCAAUGUUGGAGGCCUUGAUCAAUGAGAUCUUGGCCGAUUUGCGUGGCUGCCCCUAUGUCCUUGUUGGAUUCUCCAUGGGUGGCGGCUUCGCAAUGGAGUUGGCGUUGCGAAUUGCUGACAGAGGAUCUGCUCCGCUGCCUUUGGCUGUCUAUGUUGCUGGACGAAAACCUCCGGCCAAAAAGCCUGAUGAUGUGCCUGUAAUUGCAAUGACCAAUGCAGAGCUGGCAGCUUAUGCAUUUGCUCCACCGGAGGCUGCAGCAUCCCCUGAGUUCUUGGAUCAUGUUGUGCCUUUGUUGAGGUCUGAUCUGGAGGCCGAUGCCCGUGCGGAGCGGCGGCUAAUCGCACGAGCGGGACAGCCCUCAUUGCCUGGCAAUGUGGGUGUGGAACUGUUCUGCGGUACCAGUGACACCGUAGCGCCGUGGACAGAGGCUCCUGGCUGGCAGCGUUUAGUGGAGGCCACAAUCGGCCUACAUUAUCUUCCUGGAGGUCAUGAGUUUAUGCAGGACCAGAGACCGAAUAUCCUGACAGCCUGGCGUCGGGAUGCCAUCGGUCGACUUGUGCAGCGCCGUACCAUGGAGGCAGCAGUACUCGCGGCACGCGGUUUGGGUACAACAUCUGCAGGCUUCAUCGGUCUGGCUCCUCCAAAAGAAGGUCCUCCUACCCGCAAGAAGGAGCUGCCUCUCUAUGCCGUGCGGUGGCAACAGGCAACAGCUCAGUUGAAGCCCGAACCCAAGGCAGAUGCCAAAGCACAGCCAAAGAUGCUGAAGGCGGCUACAGGGGUACCCUUCUUGGUGAAGCUCACCUCCGAGCCACUCAAGGAAGGCGAGGUGGCAGAGGUGGUUCAAGCAGCACAACGAAGUUUGCAGUUAGUGAUUGCUUGCUUGCCCACGCAGGGUAUCUUUGAGCAAUAUGAGGAGGAGCUCCAGCUUGCAUGGCACUUUGUUCACUUGGUUCAGCGUUUAUUGGAAGCUGGAGUCUCUGCCAAGCUUCUAGUAGUCACUGCUGCGGCUUCAACCGGAGCAAUGGUGGCUGGUGCCAGCAAGGCGGUGGCCAUGGAAGCUUCCGAGCUGAAGAUCCAGCGUAUCUUCGUUCCGCGAAGUUGUCUUCAAGCAAUCUCGGAGCACGUGGAGAGGCUAUGCUCAGCCUCAGAGUUGUACAGCCACGAGACCGAUAUUUGGCUCAGACAUGAGAUGAGUCGCACUGCUUAUGUGCCACGCCUUGAGCGAUGCCUGAGCAGUGGCCGAAAGCGGUGUAUUCAGUUACAUGGUGUGGAUGGGGAGCUUGCGAGCUACGUGCUCACGGGUGCCACUGGCGGCCUGGGGAAGGCUGUGGUGUCUUGGUUGGUGAACGACCAGGGCUUGCAGCCAAGCCAGCUGGUGCUGCUCAGACGCGCGGGCUCAAGCAAGCUGGAUGAUGAUUUAGCCAAGUGUACUGUGGUCGAGGCUGCAGCUGUCGAUAGCAAAGACAGCCUCAAGUUGGCCUUGGAGAAAGUUCGACAUGUCACCGGUGUGUUCCAUUUAGCUGGGGUGCUUGAUGAUGGCAUCAUCGGAGGCAUGACGGAGCAAAGAAUGAAAAAGGUGGCGCAGCCCAAGUGCGGCAUGCUCCUGGCAUUGCUGAAGGUAGCCAAGGAAUUGGAUUGGCCGCUACAAUGGGCCCUUGGAUUCUCGUCUACGUCUUCUCUCUUUGGCUAUGCUGGGCAGGUGAAUUAUUGCGCAGCCAACUCGAUGCUGGAUCACAUGUCAACCUUUGCCAGCGAUGGGGCGCUGCCAGAGGGGGACUCCACGUCAUGCCGCAUCAUCUCUGUGAAUUGGGGUCCAUGGGGUGAAGCGGGCAUGGCGCAGGAAGGCACCAAGGCCUACGAGCAAGCCGUGAAAGAGGGUGACACGCCGCUUUCGACGCGGACUGCGCUGGCUUGCCUAUUUGUUGCUGUAUGCCAAGCGAUGGAGGUUCAGGGCGUUUCGCAGCUUUGCGCAUGUGAUGUGCAAUGGGAGAAAUCGCAGUGGAAGGAUUUGCCUAUUCUCGACCACGUCCAUGACAGGACACGUGAGGAAGAGUCACGAGCCCCGGAGGAGGAUGGUUCCAAAGAGAGCUCCAUCCAGGGCUUCCUGUCACAACAAGCCAAAGCAGGUGGAGGCACCUGGGGCCGAGUUAAGGGGAAGUCGCUACAUCAACUCGGCCUGGACUCAUUAGAGCUGGUUCAGCUCAGGAAUCUCUUCAAUAAAAAGUAUAAUGUCAACGUCCCCCUCAGUGUCAUCGCGGAUCCUAGCCAAAAGCUGGGAGAAUUGGCCGCAGCUCUUCUGAAGUUUGUGAGCCAAUGA